AUGAGAAAGCGUCAAGUGGUGCUGAAGAGAGAAGCAGCCGCCUCAAGAAACUCUACCAAUUCAUCUUUCACAGUCAGGACUGUGAGGUACCGGGAGUGCCAGAAGAACCACGCAGCCGGCAUCGGAGGGUACGCCGUUGACGGAUGCAGGGAGUUCAUGGCAAGCGGAGAGGAAGGGACCGGCGGCGAACUCACGUGCUCCGCCUGCGGGUGCCACCGGAAUUUCCACAGAAGGGAAGUGGAGACUGAGACUGGUGAAAUGCAAGAGUCGCUCGGAAUUCGCUCGAAGUGUGGUUGGGAGCUCGCUCGUAUAAAGCCCGCUUGGUCCUACGAUCUGAGCUCGAGUUCCAGAGAUAUGCGAGUUUGCUUUGAUGAACUCAAUUCGGGAUCUACUGGGCUUUAUGCAAUUGAAUCGGCUUGCUAG